AUGAAAUUACAUGUCCCUGCAGAAACUGUAAGCGGAAAUGGAAAUGAGGAAGCUGAUGUCGCAAAUGGUGACGAUGAAAUGCCUGAUAAUGAAGACACGGUUGAAGAAGUUCCUAAAAGAACGCGUGGAAAAACCACUAUGGAUAAAGUCCAUACAAGGCCAUUUGAGAAAAGAGUUGAAGUGAAAAUGAAUGAUCGGUUUCAACCUAUUUCAGACAAUGACAAAGUCAUGUCUGAAUUUGGUUACUUUCUUGGAACACUGAAGAAGAGUGUUCCACUAACUUAUAAAUCUUGGAGAGAUGUUCCUGACAGUUUGAAGACAACAUUGUUGAACUAUGUUAAGCAACGAUAUAUUAUUCCUGAAGAACUUGAAGAAUGGGUGCUGAAGUCGAUUAAUGCGGCUUGGAGGGGGUAUAAGUGUCGUCUUAAAACAGCACACUAUUGGACUUAUGUUACCAAUGAGGAGAGGCUGGAAAAUAGACCUGACCACAUUCCCCUCGAGGAUUUCAAACUGCUCUUGCAGUAUUGGGGAGAUGAGAAGAUUCAGUACAAGGCAAGAAAAAAUGCUGUAAGUCGGCAAAAGUAUGUGGACACACACACUGCUGGUCCAAAAUUAUUCUCCCAAAUUCGACAUAAAUUGGCCAACGAAUCAGAUGCAGCACUUUUUGCCAAGACGCGUAAGCGAAAUAAUGAUCGCGACUACAAGACUGAUGGGAAAGUGACUACGUUCGUAGUUGACAAAAUUGAAAAGGUUUUGGGGAAAGAUUUAUCAGGACAAGCUGAAGGUGUUGAUGAACUUCUAUUGGAUGGAAAAGCACAUGGUCCAUCAUGGCUUUUAGGGAGAUGUCCUAAGUCUGCUAAUUCUUCAAGUUCUGGCAUGAAGGAAUCGCAGAUAAGUGAAUUAACAGCAAAGAUAAGACAGGAUGUUGUUGCUGAAAUGGAUGAAAAGCUGAAGAAGAAGGUCCAAGAUGAAGUCGAUGCCAAGGUGAAUAAGAAGGUGCAGGAGAACCUUAGUUGGGUGCUUAAGAAAUUAGGGGAAGCGAAUCCUGGCAUCAACGUCAAUUUGGCAGAGCUUUGUGCAACAAUGUCAACAGACAAUGAAGGCACUCCUCUUAAUGAAAAUGACACUCCGCUUACUAGAGGUGGCAGUUCUUAGAGAUGGUUUUUAACUGCUGAUUCUCUACUUUUGCUUGUCGAAGUUAACUAUUUAAUUAUAGUAUUUCGCUACUUUUGGAAGUCGAAGUAAAUUGGUUAACUGUUUGAAGUAGUAAGGUUUACUACUGGAUGGAUGUUAUUAGACUGGAUGUUAUUAGACAUUAAAGUAGUUUAUGUUUGUGGUUGGAUGUUUGGUUUGUUUUUAUUGAUGGGAUGAUUUGGUAUUGAUGGAAUUAUAAUAUCAGGUUAUUUUA